CUACAUUGCAAUUUCACACUUUUUAAUCUGGUUUUUUGCUGUCCCUAGGCGGAGAUGGAAAUGGACAACCUACACUCACGGACCACUUUCACGGAGACAAUCAAAGCGGACCUGCGCCGCGACAACUGUCAGAGUGAGAUAAGCAGAGCGCAUCGAAUACAAGUGGAUGCGAAGUCCAGGAAGCUGCGGUCCUACAAGGUCACUACACAUCACCCGUCCGACACCGAUCAAUCGGAGAGCGUGAGAGUUCUGCUCGAAGAGAAGAGAGAACAGUUUUUGGCAGGGUUCCUCGAAACCGACCUAAACCUCCCUCAGAAGAACACCCUGCAGGAUGCGCUGGACCUCGGUGUGGACACCUGCCUGGACACACUGUUCAGGAUUAUGGAGACGCGCUCGAGAAAACAUCAACUCUGGUAUCUUCCUUAUAUAACUCCGACAAAUGCCAUGGGCAUGGAUUUUGCUCCAAAUUGUGACAUGAGAAACAUGCGGUCUCAAAUCCACCAUCUCGGACCAAAGAAACCCGCUGGAAUCGUGACGCCCACGAUCUACGUAGGCAGCGAAGGGGCCCCGUUCGCGUGUUUGUCAUCACACCCACGGAUCACAAUGCCUUCUGUGACGUUCUCGCAGCGUUGGGCUACACCCGGGCAGAGGGGAGCUGCAGAAACCUACUGA